UUCGAAGCGGAGCUUAGCUAAUUAUAUUUAUCGGUAUACCAGCAACUGCAUUGGUUUUUGUGGCGUUCAAGUGAGAUUUAAUUAGGGAUUUGAUGAUUUGGACGUAUCUACUACAAAAAAAAGAUGAUGCUUCAAUUGAUUUUCAAAAUUGUUAAGAUGUUUCAAGGAGUACGUGACUUAAUAACUUAUACUAGUGCAAGCAGAGAAGUUAAAUCAGACUACCGAAACUCUUCUUCUAUGAAGUUGCAUGUGGUCUCAAAGGUUCAGCCAUUUUAUAUGAUAGCUAAUUGAGCUGAACGUUUGGGCCAUUACCAAUGUGGAGAUAUUCAAACUAAACUAGCAAACGAGCCUUUUUUCAAAACUUAUUGGUGAAAUCAUCAAAGGAUAAUAACUUUACGGAAGGUUAACUUCUAUGACCUACUAUUUUUAUUUAUUAUGUCCAUAGAGUUGUGCACUAUGGAUGGUCGCCUGCCUAUUGAAGGUCUAAUCAUUUUCUUCCAUAGUUAAAUUAUGUAAAUCUUCAUCAAAAAGAACUAUAUUUUGUCGUUAAGAUGAUCCGUGCUUUGACACGAAUAUAGUGUACGCAUUAUUCUUCGAAGUUAAUAGCAUACGUGAACAAGUGAGUUUAGAUAAUCUAUAUAUCCAAAAUAUCUACUCCCUUUUCUAAAAAGUACAGAACGAAUAAAUAGAUUGGCAGGUGAUAUUUUUAUAACCUGCCAAACAUAAGAACGAUUAAACCAGCAUAUUUCUUACGCAGCAUCAGGGCCAAGUAAAAGUGACUUUCCUAUAUCCGUGUUCGAAAAACCUAACCUAAGAGUUCUAUACCGAUCAAUUUCGAAUGCAAGGUGUACGAUAAGGAAAAUUAUAGACUGCAUUAAUGUAACUUUGUUAGUUGAAAAAAGGAGCUGUAGACUUUUCUGUCGUUGAAAUCACCUCGUAUUUCUUUCGAAAGAAGUAAAUACAUUCAACUGUAUGCGUUGAGCUUCAUACAUGCGAUUCGUGUCUUAUAGUGAAACAACAAAACAGCAACGUAUUGAAGCUUCAGUUUGAUAUUCGUAAGCAAUUCGUCACUAAGACGAUAUGACGUAGAUUAUCUUUCGUGUUUUUAACUAUUUUAGUGUCCGCAAAUACAUAUUGUCAAGUAGGCGCAGUUUAGCAAAAUCAAUUUCGAAGUCCCAGUGAAAUGUGAUUCGUGAUCAGUCAGACAUGAAUCGAAAUUCUGAGCUUUGUCGACGCGUAACUGAAACAGGUCUCUAAAAUAGCCCCGUACUGUCAAAACGCUACGUGUUUCGUUUUUCUAAAUUGUGUGUUAGUAUCAGUUAAAUGCAGUUAGUUAGGCAACGCACAGUUAGCUUUCGUAAGUUCGGUACCGAACUGAUUGCAUAACAUGGUUUCUUUUCAAUUCGCGUAUCUUGUACUAACUCCAAUAUUGAUUAUAUCAUUUUCUUUUGUGCACCCUGUUCAAUAUAGGACAAGCCAAUUAUAUACUUCUACGGCUCUGCAACGAUCAGCUCAUGCAAAAAUUGCCAGGGCUGCACAAAACGAAUUUUCAUUUAGCCAGCAAGAUAUAGUACAGUCACCGUAACCGUGCUAUAGUAAACACUCAAGUGAAUAGUAAUGGAAGGAAGAUAAGCCAUUCGAACCCCGCCAAGGAUGUACAAUUCAUGGAAUCUGUGAGAUCAAACAUGGCUGGAAAAAAUGGGGAACGAAGAACUGAGAUGGAACUAACGAAAAGCCCAAUGCGCAGUGCUCCUGGGGUGAACGCCUCCGCCUUGCCAACUCCCGGUUGGCACGGAUACUCUGUCAAAUGGUCACCUUUUGAUCCGGAUUUUGCGAUUUGCGCCGCUAGUCAAAACUAUGGCAUUCAAGGUCAGGGUGCAUUACUUGUACUUCGGCGACCCGCGGGCGGGAACGGCCCACUUUCCAUCAACCAUGUGAUGAACUACAGCGACGCAUUGUUUGAUCUAUCCUUCAGUGAAUCUGACCCUCGGGUUGUCUGUGCAGCGGCGGCGGACGGCCACAUCGUUAUGUUCAAUAGCGAACAUGGUGCCGUACUCGGAUCUGUCAAGGGACACGCCAAAGAGGUAUACAGCGUUGAAUGGAAUCCGACUAGGACAGAACACCUAAUUGUUUCUGCCUCAUGGGACGGAAAGGUCAACUUAACUGAUCCGCAAAAAUUAGCCGUUGUUAGAUCUUUUCAGGCACAUCGACAAUUAGUGUAUUCAGCUGCCUGGGCUCCUCGUAGCCCGGGCAUGUUAUGCAGUUGUUCUGCCGAUGGCUCUGUAGCUCUAUGGGACAUUCGAAAUCCGGACAGUCAGAGACCUGCUCUCGUAUUCAGAGUAUCAACUACAGAAGUCCUAAACGCAGAUUGGUCGAAAUACGAUUGUAACAUGUUGGCAACAGGAUCCAUCGACUCGAGUGUUUCUCUAUGGGACAUUCGUCAACCUGCAGGAUGUCGUCAAAAGUUCUUCCAUAAAAUGGCUGUCAGAAAGGAGACAUGCAAAGCGCUGAUAUUUUUGCAGGUAAGAUUCAGCCCAUUCUUCCCUCAUGUGUUGGCGUCGGUCUCUUAUGACUUUACGACACAGAUCUACAAUCUUGCUGCCAAUAGGACAGAGUUGUGUCUUAUGAACCAUAGUGAGUUCGCUUACGGUCUCGAUUGGAACUCACACAGAAUGGGCGAAAUAGUCGACUGCGGAUGGGACCAACUGAUUGUUGUAUCGAUGAUGCCGGACAAGGUUCUCCAUACUCUUCCUGGUGCUAUUUAAUUGUUGUUUGAUGUAACUUUGCGCAACUAUCUAACAUUGUCUCGUGUUGUGUGUGAACUCUACUAGGAAACUUUGUGCAAAGCUUGAAUUUUUUGUAUUGACCGACGAUUCAUGGAGAUAAGCCUGACCAAAGUAACAAAUAUGGUUUUGGGUCCAGUGAGGCAUGAUUUUAUUUUCACUGAGCUCAAAUCUACCUCAAAAGUACCAUGUUGUAGCUGCUUGACCUGUACAGUACACUAAUAAGAUGUAACAAUGCUUAGACUGUGCCUUCUCUUCCAUACUACAGUCAAAACAGGAGGAGCAAGUACAACAAUUUUGCCAGAGUUAAAGCGGCGCGUUUUUUACGAUAAAUAAUUAGUUAAUUGCAAAUAAGUGAAAAGUUUUUUGAACCGCGUCGGACUGAUGCGUUAUCGUUAAGUGUUAAAGUUCCGGGAGUCAGCUUAGGCAUCUUUUAAAAUCCGCAAAACUAGGAUCCAGAACCCAGAAUCGAAGCAACGCCGACGUUAAUUAUUAUCUCAGACCGAGUUUAAAUAUACGUCUUGCAAAAACGUUUUGAGGCUAGACCACCUAUAUUUUGCUACGAGUAAUUAACAAACUAUUGUAGGAUUCUCGAGUCGAUUUCAUGCAUUAUUCCAAUUCUUUCUACUUUUUGACAUUUUGUAUGGGUGGCAGUAAUGUUGCUAUCAUAUAAAAAUGGCUGCUUUUCUUUAGAUUUGAAAAUGAAUGCACUUGUUGCGCUCAGCUGUGUAAAGGACAAAUAACCAAUUCAAGGAUCUUUUGCUAUAAAGUUGUAUUAUCAGUGCUUUAACCACCUAGAAUUAUGUGCAAGAACUCAUCUGGCCUGUACCAUAAUUUGUGUGCUGCAUGUUGUCUAGGCUUGGAUUUCUAUAAAUAAUUUGUGGCAAUAUGUACAAGUUUAUUUUUCUAAAAUUACCUUGCUUAAAAUGAAAGAAACUGAAGGUAAGCUCAUCGGACACACGUUCGACAAUAACCGUGCUUGUUUAUUUGUCUGUAGAGUUAAAUAUCAAGGGCCGAAGAAUGAAAGUUGCUCAUUUAAAAAGAACUCAUAAAUUAUAGUAGUCUGAAUACAAUAACUUGUGGUUACAAAAGUUGUGUGUUAUAGUGAAUAAGACCGGUAGGUUUCAUCUUCGUGUCUAACUGUUGUAUCCAAUGUGAACUCCAAGUAUACUCUAUAUUUUUUUAAAGUAUAUCUGAGAACUCCAAGUAUUUACAUCAUAAAGACUGUUACGAUGCUGUUUAUACACAGAUUAAAUACAAGUCAACAAAAGUUUUAUUCGAAUGAAAAACAAAAGACGACAACGCAUAUACACAUAUUUUGUUAAAAAAAUAAAUAAGUCGUUAUUAAGUUGUU